UCAGAGAGGGAACAUGACAUAUUAUGGUGCGCUUACGUGGUUUACGAGCAAGCUACCCCGCUCACUUCUCUCGUCACCUGCGCAAACUCUCCUCCUCCUCCUCCUCCUCCUCAUCAUCAUGUCGCCCCACAGUCUUCGCCUGCAACCUCCUCAUCAAACACAGAGUAGACAGCGGCCUCUAUACCGAGGCUCUCUCUCUCUACCAACACAUGCGCUCCUCUCUCUCUCUAAACCCAGACAACUUCACCUUCCCCUUCCUUUUCAAAUCAUGCGGCUCUCUCUCUCUCAUCUCUCUUGGCCGUGUGCUCCAUGCUCUUGCCGCUACCCUCGGCUUUGUAUCCAACAUCUUUGUCUCCAAUUCCCUCAUAGCCUUCUAUGCUCGCUGCUCUGAAAUCUCAGUCGCGCACCAAGUCUUCGAUGAAAUGCUUGAAAGGGACGCAAUAUCAUGGAACUCCCUCAUCGCUGCCUACUCGCAAAAUUAUCAUCCUGCUGGUGCACUUGAUGUCUUUGCUCACAUGAUGAUGCAUGAGAACCCGAAGCCCGACAGGGUCACUAUUGUAAAUGUUCUUCCUGCGUGUGGCACCUUGCGAGCUGGUCGCUCGGGCUGCGAAAUACACGCUUAUACAAUGCGGCAUGGGCUCUCUGAAGAUGUCUUAGUGGGUAAUGCUUUGAUCGAUAUGUAUGCAAAAUGCGAACUAAUGGGAGAGGCACUCUCUGUGUUUCAGAACAUGGGGGUUAAGGACAUUGUGUCAUGGAAUUCGAUUGUUACCGGGUUGUCACAAAAUGGGAGAUGUGAGGAAGCGAUGAAACUCAUGGCAAAGAUGGAGGCCUUGAAGAUUGGUUUGAAUGUUAUCACAUGGAGUGCGGUCAUAUCAGGGUAUGCUCAGAGGGGUCGUGGCACCGAGGCCCUGCGAGUCUUUCGUGAGAUGCAGGUGGCACGCGCCGAGCCAAACCAUGUGACAUUGAUUUCGCUCCUCUCUGCGUGUUCCUCUGCUGGUGCAUUGCUUCAUGGUAGAGAAAUCCAUGCCUACAUUACAAAGUUUGGCUGGUGUGACAACCUCAUGGUGAAGAAUGCUCUGAUAGACACAUACGCAAAAUGCAGGGACUACGAGCACGCGCUGAGGCUUUUCGACUCGGUGGCAUUCACGGAGAGGAACGUGGUCACUUGGACAGUGAUGAUAGGUGGUUAUGCUCAAAAUGGGCACGCCAAUGAAGCCCUGCAAUUCUUCUCUCAAAUGCUCACCGCCAAGGCCUCGCCUAAUGCUUUCACCAUAUCAUGCGCAUUGAUCGCAUGUGCUCACCUCUCUGCCCUCCGCAUCGGCAAGCAAAUUCACGCAUUUGUGUUCAGGCACCGGUUUUACCUUGUUCUCUUCAUCUCAAACUGCCUCAUAGACAUGUACUCGAAGUGUGGGGACGUCAACGAUUCUAGAAAGGUGUUUGACUAUAUGCCCCAUAAAAACUCUAUUUCAUGGACUACCAUGAUGACUGGCUAUGGCUUGCACGGCCGAGGCGUUGAGGCAUUAGCCACAUUCGAGAGCAUGCGAAGAGCCGGGCUCCCACCUGAUGACAUAACGUUCUUAGUGGUCUUGUACGCAUGCAGUCAUGCAGGGCUCGUCGACCAUGGAUGGCUGUAUUUCAAUAGCAUGACAAAGGACUCUGGCGUGAGGCCAGGGGUUGAGCACUAUGCGUGCAUGGUGGACCUUCUAGCGCGUGCAGGCCGGCUCAAUGAGGCUCAGGUCCUCAUAGGCUCAAUGCCCAUGGAGCCUAGUGCAGUGGUCUGGGUCGCCCUACUCAGUGCCUGUAGGACCCAUGCUCAUGUUGAGCUUGCAGAGUUAGCUUCUCAGAAGCUCAUGGAACUCGACUCUGAGAAUGCAGGCACCUACACUCUUCUCUCGAAUAUUUAUGCAAAUGCAGGUCGAUGGGGAGAUGUAGCGAGAGUUCGAGCUCUGAUGAGAAAGGCUGGAAUAAGGAAGAGACCAGGCUGUAGCUGGGUUCAGGGGAAGUCGGGUACAGCUACGUUUUAUGUAGGCGAUCGAUCAAACCCAGACUCUGAUAAAAUUUACGAAGUUUUGAGGUCAUUAAUAGAGAAGAUAAAGGGGAUGGGCUAUGUACCAGAGACCAGCUUUGCUCUUCAUGAUGUGGAUGAAGAGGAGAAGGGGUGGCUUCUCUCUGAGCAUAGUGAAAAGCUCGCGGUUGCAUAUGGUGUGCUAAAUACACCUGCAGGGAUGCCAAUAAGGAUAGCGAAGAAUCUACGGGUUUGUGGGGAUUGCCACACCGCGAUUAAGUACAUGUCGGCGGUUUUGGAGCACGAGAUUAUAGUGAGGGAUACGAGUCGGUUUCAUCAUUUUAAGGAAGGGGACUGUUCUUGUAGAGGCUUCUGGUGAUAUCUAAGAGAAUGAAUUUGUAGGUCAAUUGGUAGGGGCUUCUUGUUGCAGCCUUAAGGUUAUGUUUUCUUGAGAUGAGCAUAACAGAAAGGUGGUGAAUACUUGAAAAGUUGCCUAACUUUGAGAAUUAAUAAAGAAGGCUGAUACUUUUUGUGGAUUACAGAGUAUCUGCCUUGUUAUGCUUGAUGGGUGCUUGUUCAGAACUACAUAAAAAGUUUUUGAAAGGAACAGAGCAGCAAAAUUUGGGCCAUGGUGGCAAAUAUGGAAGGAUAAAAAAGAAAGAGAUAGUUGAGGUCCAUGACAUUGAGUUGAAUCUAUGGAUCAUCUCAGGGCAAUGGGACUGGGCUACAGGAGCCAAACUAAGCAUGGCAUGUUUUACAGAUAUAUUUUCCCAAGUCAUUGAUUUGUAUUAAAUUAAGUCCAAUCCAUUGAUUUGUAUUAAAUUGAGGGUUUGUAUAUCGUAAAACCAUUUAUCUUUGUUACAAGGAGGUCAUGAUUAAUCCUAACCAUUAUAUUUCAAAUCGGAUGGUUAGGGAUAUGUAACGAA